UGGAAAGGUUGCCUCCCAUGUCUACUAACAUCCUGAAAUGCAUGAUGCGCGUUCAGAAUCUACAUGGCCUUCACGUCUAUUAUGACGAUAUGCACCUUGAAGAUGAUGAUGUGCACAGAAACGAGCUGUAACAGGACGAGGAAGUUUAGGUCAUGUGGUGAACCUACGAGUUUGUUAUUGCCUUGAAUGGACAAUCAUUGCACAGAGGUCCCGAUCAUGAAAGUAACCGGAAAAUUCCCCGCCCACUUGUUCGUUGGAGCAUCGGUGGCUCUUCUCCUCUACACCUACCAGAGCCCCGUCAGGUUCCGCGUGGCAAUCAUGCAAGAUGAUAAGGGCCACUACGUCGAGUUUGGGAUGUUUGAAAAUGAGUUUGAAAGCAAAAACACUGAACGCCAGGGAAAGGCGGCGUUCAAAAAACAAGACGGGUUUGAUAUUAGACCUGAUCCUAACUACGAGGUAGGAGUCGAUGUGACAAAGCCUGACGUAUAUCACUGGAUGGAGUUUCGUUUUACUGCUACAAAAACUACAGAGUUUUGGAUUGACGACAUCAAGGUUGGAAAAGAAGAAUCGAUGGAAGUUGCCUUAUUUGAGGAGAUCUUCAAUUACGUUCCAGAGGGGAAGGCCGUUUUCAAUAACGUGAUGUUCACGGAGAUGCACGUCACUUGUCCAAAGAACAUGACGUCAGCGCUCUUACCUGAGGAUGUCUUCAUACACGCGGAUAACCUGAUCUUCAUCGGCCCAGGGGGUUCUAUAACUAUCAAGGGGGAAUUCAAGAAAUCAGGAAACACCAGUGUAACUAUCGAGUCAAAACAAGGGUGGACCAAUAAACCGUCGAAGACCUUGUCGAAACCCAGUGGUGCCGAUGGAGAAGUGGACCUCGUGAUUUUCAACCGAGGACAUCUUCUGACAUGCCUUAUCGGCGGGAAGGAAAUUCAGAUUGCUCCGGUUUAUGCGUCGUAUGACCCGCCCGCUGUCAAAGUAAAAAACUUUGACACCAACAAGAUCGAAUUUAGGACAGGCCUCAGUGAGAGCAAGCUGGUGCCAAAAUAAAUAGUGACCCAGUGAGCCUGGAGGACAGGAUCCGUUUCUCCCAUUUUGUUUCGUUUUUCUUUCUUCACGUGUGGUUGAGGUGAAAUAAAGGAGUGCAAUCAUA